CCCUUACUGUACUUGUUUUCUAUUGGAAGCGUGUCGGCCAUCUUAAAAAGGUAUCUAUGACGCCAAAAGCCAACAAGAAGAGCCGUUCGGCCAUUGACGAAAUCGUUUCUAGGGAAUAUACCGUUCAUUUGCAUAAGCGCCUGCAUGGAGUAGGUUUUAAGAAACGAGCACCCCGUGCUAUCAAAGAACUUAAGAAAUUUGCUAUAAAAGCCAUGGGAACUACCGAUGUUCGAGUUGACUCUGGUUUAAACAAGCAUAUUUGGAGUAAAGGCAUUAGAAAUGUUCCCUUCAGAGUACGCGUUUGUUUAUCAAGAAAAAGAAACGAAGACGAAGAUGCUGCCAACAAGUUAUACACUCUAGUGACUCAUGUACCGGUGGAAUCAUUUAAGGGUCUACAGACUGUGAAUGUUGAUGCCGAAUCUUAAUGCACAAUUGUUUAAUAGAAAUUUGUAGUAAAUAAACGCUCUUAAACCUU